GUUCACCCCAGGACAGAAAGAGAGAGAUCAUCACUUGUUUUCUCGGAGGGAAAGAGAGGAAAAAAGGGAGAAUGACUGCUCCAUGGAGGAUAGGUGUUGUGGUGAUGCUGAAGCUUGUGUCUUCUGCAGAGGCUUCAAUGACUGAACCAGCCAUCUGCUACAUACUGGAUGGAAUCUUGCUCUUCUACUGCAUCAUCACCACCUUGCUCUUCGUCAGAGCCAAGUGGUGUAAGUCUUCACCUGAACCCAAAGAGGACCCCACCCAUGCAGAACUCCAGCCAGGUGCUAAUGCUGACGACCAACAGUCUGCAGCUACUAGACGGAAGCGCAAACAGGAAGCUAGUAGCGACACAUACCAGGCCCUCCAGAUAAAAGAUGAUGGAAAUGAUGACUACCAGGUGAUCAUGUCCAAGGGGAGGAACAAGAAGGCCCAAGUCCCCCAGCCUCUCAGUGCAAAGACCCAGACCCGGGCCACUGCCCCACCACCACUACCUCCACACUGAUCUGACCCAGUCAGCCCUGGGCACGGAGGCAGCAGUCGACUCCACUUGCAGCUCUGCCCUGCACUGAUCCAAUCUCUGAAGAGUACCUUCUAGAUUAUUUCCCGAGAUCUAUGUGCAUAACAGUCUUCUACCCCUGAGCUCAACUCCCUGGCCUGUUAUUGCAUAUUACAACUCAGCAGAAAAGUGUACAUGUCUUGUCAAUGUGUAUUAUCAUGUCAUUUGUUAAGUCCAUCUAUGGCUGUAUGUGGUAAUGUCAACAUUAUGACCGUAAUAAAAGACUGGAACGUUCCAAUG